AUGUCUGACAAUACCAACAACUCUGGCUCUCCUUCUGUCCCCUCUGCUCAAGAUUCUCCUGCUCAACGUCAACCUGGUGACGAUACCAUUGAGCACACUAGGCAGCAAGUCCAGGCCAUCCACUUGGAUCAAGGUACUGAUGUCGGACAACAACCUCAACCUUCAAACCAUCAAGAGGAUAUUGCCAUGAUGGAUGCUAUGCCAUUGCGAUCCUCUCCUGUUCCUGCUUUGGCUAACCAUGCUCCCAAUGAUGGUGGUGAAUCCUCAUCUCAAGUUACUUCUCAUUUGUCUGCGUCGACAUCAUGUUCAUCAGGUAAUGCAUCCUCCUCUGCUGCUGGUUCUAGCACGUUGAAUUCCAUCAAGAAAUUGGUCUGGCGUCGGGAUUCGUUUGUACGUCUGUUGCUGGACAUGGUCGAGGGAACUGAUAUGAACAAUGAGCACAGUCAAAAGCAUAUUGAAGAUAUGCGAUCCAAGAUUGAGGACCUGAAUCGUCUGAUCUCCACUGUCAAACACUCAGCCAAGCUAUCCGAAUCUAAUGUCACCGCAUCACUCACUGGUGACAAUGAGGGCAUCUCAUUGUCCAAGCAAGACCUACCUAAAUUCCAACUUCGUUCGCAUGCCACCAAGUACUUUCCCAACGAAAUCUCCUAUGAUUCGAUUCACCAUUUUCUGCGCUCCUUUGAGAAGGUAAUUUCGUCUUCAGGCAAGGCUGUCGAAAAUGUAUGGCGGCGAUACAUUCCACUCACGAUUCCAUACGACCUUGAUCUCUGGUUGAAUCAAGACCUGCUGACAGCAAAGUCGUGGUCCAUGGCUAAGGAAAAAUUCACGUCCAAGUUCAGUAAUGCUGCUCUACGCUUGGAUGCUCGUCGUGAAGUUCAAACCGCUACCAUGCGAUCUGGAGAAACUACGGAGGAGUACUACAACCGUUUCGCUCGGGCUAUGAUGGAGGCAGGCUACUCAUCUGAAGAUACCACUCUUGGCGAUACAUUCUUGCUCGGCUUCCCCAAUGAAUGGCAGAUCCAAAUCAACGCUGUUCUCGGUGUUCACUUCCCUGGGUGUUCUAACUUCACCGCCAGUCAGAUUGUCACCUGUGCCAUGAACGUCCUCAACAGUCAAAAGUGUCCUGUUUCGUUUGUCAACGCAAAGCGACAUGGUGGUUCUCGUGCUUCGUCCUCUUCAUCCGGUUCAUCUGGAUUCUCUUCCUCUGCUGCUGCUUCUUCUUCUGCUCCUCGUUACUACUGCUCAAACCAUGGAGGCUCUCAGGCCAGACAUCACGAGAAGGACUGUCGUCUGAACAAAGGUGGUUCUUCAUCAAGACGUGUAGUUGAAAAGGCAAACGUACCCAAGAAAGCCAGCGGAAACACUUUCUGCAAGUGGUGUGGCAAAACUUGGUUCCACGGUCACUCUUGCACUGAGUACCAAGCUAUGAAGGGUUCGUUCAAGGUGUUGAGCGUGAGAAGAGAAAAUAGUGGUCAUCGACCCUAUACAACUGGCUCCAGUAGUCAGAAACAAAAGCGUCAUUCCCGUAAUGGCAAAGGAAAGCAAAAGGACUCCGGGUCCAGCGAAAGUGACCUCUUCCGCGAGGCUAUGGAAGACAAAGAAUGUAAGUCUUCCACAUCAAACAAAAACACUUUCAAUUUAAUAACACCAUUGCUUCUCAAUGACAUUAGAAUCAUCGGAAAGGUGGAUCCUGGCUCAGAUGUUAGCAUCAUUAACAAAUCCGUUUUGAAUAAAAAAUUCUCUACUAUCAAAAAUGUCAAAGCAUUGGGUGGUUAUUUAACCUUUUUGGGCAUGAACAAAGAUGGUAGUGCAUCUAAAGCUGAACGCAUUGGAAGCACCGAACCCAUCAAAGUAACUUAUAUGAAUGGAAUCACAUUUGAACAUUCCUUUGAAAUCAUUGACUUCAAUGAUUCCAUGGCUGAAGAGUUUGAUGUACUCCUAGGAGUCGACAUCUUGCCUCGCCUCAACAUCUAUCUUAGUGGAGUAGCUCAUUGCUUUCCUGACACCGAAAACGAAAUUGCUCAAUUCAAGAAUAUAAACUAUGACACUGAAAACGUCUAUAAUCCAGAAAAUGCUGAUUAUGGUACUUCUCAGGAACGUCACAUCCUUCUACAACAGAUCGAACAAUCUCUGAAUGCCAACAAGAACAUCCCUGCUGACGCAGUAUGUUCCAUGCCUGAAAGUGUAGUGCAUGUUCCUAUAUCCAAUCCCAAGGAUUGCUUCAUUCGCCAGUAUCCAUUAUCCAUCAACUCGCAUGCCGAGAUUGACAAACAAAUCAAAGAAUGGCUUCAAAAUAAGAUUGUUGAACGCUGCAAACCCUCAUCAGUGUUCCAUUCACCUCUGAUUACGGUGACAAAGAAGGAUGAGAACGAUCAACCCACCAAAUUGAGAGUGUGUUGUGAUCUUCGUCGCAUCAAUGCGUCCAUUGAUGACAAUUACCAUGAAAAUUAUGCGGUUCCCAAGAUUCACGAAAUCUUUGAACGAGUGUCUUCUAGCGCACGCAUAAUAAGUAAAAUUGACUUACACCAAGCAUACUAUUCGUAUGGUGUGCAUGAAGCAUCUCGCAACGCCCUUAUAUUCUCGCAUAAUGGCAUUUUUUACAGAUGGUGUAGGGCCCCUUUUGGCCUAAAAUUUAUGAGCUCUCUGUUCGUAAAAUGCAUGUCAAUUUUAUUCACUGGUUUAUCCGACGAACUGAAAUUCGAAAUGGAAAAGAACAUGGAUCCUUCCCAAGUUGAUCCAACCAAAGUAUGGGGUGGCAUCGAACACUACAUAGAUGACUGUGUCCUGCAUAGUAUCUGUGAGAAAAGCCACAUCAAGCUUAUCAAUCUUGCCGUUAAUCGCUUGACAUCCGUCAACCUGCGCAUCAAUGUGAAAAAAUGUUCAUGGUUCCAGACAUCAGUCUUUUUACUAGGCUUUGUGGUUGGACCUGGCAUACAAAAGAUUGAUAUGCGUCGUUUAUCUGACAUAGACGAAUGGCCCAUUCCCAAAACUGCAAAAAAAGUUCGCUCGCUUAUGGGUGUCGUUUCCCAUCUGCGAAACUUUUGUCCCAUGCUGUCCAAGGUUGCUGAGCCCAUCGAUAGUCUUCGAAAUGACAGUGACGUAAAAAAGAAUUGGACACAAUUGCAUACUGAUCGGUUCAAUACCAUCAAGCAAAUACUGCUCUCAAACCAAAUACUGCAUGCUCCAGUGUUGGACGACAAAAUGUUCCUCCAAUGCGAUGCUAGUCUCUAUGGCAUCGCUGCCUGUCUUUAUCAAAAGGAUAAACUGGGUAGAAUCAAGCACAUUGCAUUUGUAAGCAGAUCUCUCAAUUCAGCUGAGCGCAACUGGUCUACAAACCGUAGAGAGUGUGCCGCUGUUGUCUUUGGAUUCAUCAAAUUUAGAUCGCUACUGUGGGGUCAUAAUGAUAUCGAGGUCCUGACCGAUCAUUUGGCAUUGACCUACAUGUUCACAUCUACUUCACUAAACAGUACGCUCCAGAGCUACUUGGAAAUCUUGGGAGAAUUUCACUUCACAAUUUCACAUGUGAAAGGCAUUGAAAAUGUUCUCUGUGAUGCUCUUUCAAGGGUAUAUCCAAUAAUUGAUGAAGACAAAUGGCUGGAAGAUGAAAAUGAUCGACAGAUGAGAAAACUGCAUAAGCUCAUUCUGAUCAAAAGGGACACCAACAAAAAGAUUGAAGUAAACCGUCAACGCACAGUCUAUUCUCAGGACCGCAAUCUCAACGUACUUGCUGUGAAACUAAAUGGCAAAGAAUUCCAGAAUUCUACAACGGAUUACAUUGCUCCUCCAGAAGCAGAUCGGGCUCAAAUCAUCAAAGAUGCACAUAAAAUAGGCCAUUUUGGCAUUGAGUCUGUGGUUCAACAUAUCCACACGUAUUUGGGUUUACAUUGGAACACCAUCUACGCUGAUUGCAAGGAAAUACUGAAAGCAUGUCCUGAAUGUGCAAAGCACAACGUCGCUCGUCGAGGUUUCAACCCUGCUAAAAGCAUCGUCAGCUUUGACGCCUUUGAUCACAUUGCUAUGGAUAUCUUAGGUCCUAUGUCGAUCACCGAUAAGGGAAAUGUUUAUGUGCUGGUUGUGAUUGAUCUCUGUACUCGCUACAUUAUAGCUCGUCCAAUUCCUAACAAAAAUGGCGCUACAGUCGCUCAAGCCAUACUAUCCAUCUAUGGUGACUAUGGUGUUGCUGUUAGCAUCCAACAAGCUGACAACGGCAAGGAAUUUAAAUCCAAUCUCAUGGAUCACUUCACAAAAACGCUUGGCAUCAAGCAGCGACAUUCUCUUCCUUACUACAAACAAUCCAAUGGUAGUGCUGAGAACGCUAUCAAACAAUUCGAGCAUACGCUACGCAAAAUGUGUGGUAAUGACACGCAUAACUGGGAUGAUCGCGUACCCAUCGUCCAACUUGCACUCAACAUGAAAGUCAAAGAGCGUACUGCCAGUACCCCAUUCAGUCUCAUGUUUGCUCGUCAAGUUAACGUCAAUCCCAAUCCAAAUAAACUCAACCUCAAUGGACGUCCUGCACUAUCCAUUCAAGAGCUCCAACAGCGUAUCGAACACAUGAAUACCAUCGUGUUUCCUGCUCUCCAAGAGCGUACACAACGGCUUGCUGAGGAAUACAAUAAGCGUAUGGAUAAACGUCGAUACAUCCUACCUGAACUAGCCUUUGACUCUCCUGUCAUGGUCCGCCUUGAAGAAGGUCGUUCAUCCAAACUCGCGCCUCUCUAUGCUGGCCCAUAUUUCGUUGUCAAGCGUACCCAAGCUGGCAAUUACAUUCUAAAAGACGAAACCAAUUCUCUCAUGCAUCGUGAAUAUACUCCUUCUGAACUCAAACCUGUCAACAUUGAUGAAACUACCAUUGAAGACGAAAUCUUUGAAGUUGAGGACAUUCGCGAUCAUCGCUACCGCGAUGAUGAUGAGAUCGAAUACCUAGUUAAAUGGGCUGGUUAUUCUGAACGUGAAAAUGAAUACAUUACAGCUGAUCUGUUCUCCUCUCCCAUUCCAAUCAAAAAAUACUGGGAAAAGGUCAAGCUCAACAAGGAACUGCAACAUCAAAGACAUGCACCACUACCUACAAACAAACGCCCCUCAAAACAGGCUGGUAACAAGCGAAAAGCAGGCACUGAUCACACAAGCCGCGAAAACACUCGCCGCAAACAUUAG